CUCUCUCGUUGUACCUCGAGGGAGUAAGACAUACGUACACGCGCGAGUAGGUUUUCACCUUGCCCAUCCCGGCCCGACACCGACCUACCUGCAACCAAGUCGUCGUCCUAUUGGGGAGCAGCAUCCGAAGCAGCGAUGUACAAAACUAAGAGAUUAAACAAGAACAUGGUGGACGGUGGCUCUUACAUUAGCAUCGGCGACAUGUACAAGGGCAACAAAAUCAUUCUCCCAGACCGAUGGAAGGGCAAGGGGCUUUCGGUGCCCCAGAUCCCCAAGAACGCGGAGAACGGCAACUUCAGCCGGCUCGAGUACAGAAAUGAGCCGUAUGCAGAUAUGGAGAAGUUCUCCAAGACCCAGCCGCUGGACAAGAGGAAGCUUGGCUUUGGCACGAAGGAUGCCUUUCGUCCGGGCGAGUUCACGGCGACCAUCCGAACGGAGCAGUACCGUGAUCUUCUCCGAGCCGAGAAGAACAUCAUGGAGAAGCACCGCGACCCCGCCAAGGACCAGGCUGCAGCCCAGAAGUACGAGAAGGACUGUGCGGAGCACCGAGCGUUUCCCGACGGCUUGAAAGAAAUCGAACACCUUUACGACGUCGGCCGCAGCCAGGUGACCGAGUUUGACCCCAAGAACUCACGGGACAGGUUCUACACGCUGUCUACUGGCCAGGAGAAGCGGCGGGGCCCCUAUCGUACAAUGGCUCAGGACAUCGGGUCCGGCGCUUGGGGGCACACGUACCAGUCGCCGGAACACGGGCCCAUCCACCACGUCAAGUUCUUCUACGACAAGAGCCACCUCUCCUUACCGCAAAGCUAAAUUUGGGAUCCCGUUGGUCUGGGUGGUUCCGGUUACCGGGCCUUACGCAGUUGGUGCAGCAACAUUUCCUUUCAGUGGUAGUAGUAGCGGUGGCAGCAGCGCCUGCGGCAAUUCUAGUAGAAGUUUGG